AUGGUUGAAAUUCAGGCCAAGUGCCAGGGCGAGACGGAGUUUACGAAGAAGACGGUAUGCAAGGAGCAUCCUGUUGGUGGAAAAAUUGAAUAUCGGGUCUCCGUAACUCCUACUCGAUGCUUUUCUGGCAAGAAAGAGGUCAUCCUCAAAAUGGUCGCAUUGGAGGAACAGGCAGUGCUGGAAGUGACAUCAGCAUGCGACUGUCCUAGUUGUGACUCCCCAGCGAUCUCUUAUCAAGCCUCCCCACGUUGUCAAUACCACGGUCACCUUGUGUGUGGUGCCUGUGUCUGCGACCCUCAGUACUCAGGAGAAUUCUGUGAGUGCUCUGCUGAGACCUCGCAACAGGAGGAGAUCAUGUUACGGCAAUGUACACGACCUGGGGAUAGUGUGCCGUGUUCCGACCGUGGACGUUGUGUUUGCGGCCGAUGCAAGUGCAACCUGGCGCGCUAUAUGGGUCUCUUCUGUGAAUGUGACCGCCACGGAUGUAAACGCGCCUUUGACGACAAUCAGGUCUGCGGUGGACCGCAGCGUGGUGAAUGCCAGUGCGAUGGGACUUGCAAAUGCAAACCUGGCUAUACCGGCGAGCGUUGUGACUGCAUCGAUAGCAACGCUAACUGCUACGAUCCCAACAACCCUGAUGUAUGUUCUUGUUGCAUUUAA